CUCACCUAAUUGUCAAGAGACAAGAGGACUGCCAAACCCACACCCAUACAAGAGGCAGGCAAGGGGCACCCUCCUCAAGCCUCAAGCAACCAACGCAGUUCUUCCACCGAUAUUUCCUUCCCUCGCCGGCACCGCCGACGAUCUGCAGCCAUGGCAAUGGCUUACAAGAUGGCGACGGAGGGGAUGAACAUCAAGGAGGAGUGCAAGCGGUGGUUCACGGAGAUGAAGUGGAAGAAGGUGCACCGCUUCGUGGUCUACAAGAUCGACGAGCGGACGCGCGCCGUGCUGGUGGACAAGGUGGGCGGCCCCGGGGAGGGGUACGACGAGCUCGUCGCCGCGCUGCCCGGCGACGACUGCCGCUACGCCGUCUUCGACUUCGACUUCGUCUCCGUCGACAACUGCCAGAAGAGCAAGAUCUUCUUCAUCGCAUGGUCGCCGGCGGCGUCGAGGAUAAGGGCCAAGAUUCUGUACGCGACGUCGAAGCAAGGCCUGCGGCGGGUGCUGGAGGGGGUCCACUACGAGGUGCAGGCCACCGAGCGCUCCGAGAUGGGCUUCGACGUCAUCAGAGAGCGCGCGCAAUGAGCGAGCUUGCUGCCGGGAGUGAGUUUUAUGUCUGCAGUCUGCGCGACGAUCGCCGCUGUACUAUAAUCGGACGGACGCUGAUUGGGGCUGGUUGGGUGUGCUCUGCCGGCAGCCUCGAUGCAACCUGACGAGGGUUUGGGCUUUGAUUUAGAAAAAUUAUCCGUGGUUUGAGAUUGUGCCGUGUGAUGUAUAGGCGGAGCUGAGAGAGUGGCAGCGGAUUAAUGAAACGUCCCAUCUCUGCGUGCGACGUGGAAAUUCCACUGACGCUGGGGAUGCCCCGACUUCGUUUGCUAUUGUGCUUCAACACUUCAACCGUUCAAGAUAGUACUACUACGGUUGAUUGCUUUAGACUGCCUCUUGGUCUGGUGGAAUUAUUGUUCCAGGUGUUCUUCGCCUCUGUUACGCCCAACUCAAAGCGGAAUUUGUAAGGACACGGGAGGCUCUUCUUCA